AUGAAAAAUUAUUUUGUAGACUCGGCAUAUUGAUAUGAUAAACUUGUCUUCAUUUCAUUGGUUUAGUACACCACAUAUUGUGCUAUAAUUUUCCCUAUAAAACGUAAGAAGUUCUAUGUAUUGAUUUCAUCAUAAAGUAGUAUAGGUAAAGCUCAUAAGAAGGAAAAACAAAUCUCUUUGCGUUAUUCUCUCCUUUCUCCCUGUUGAUUAGAUCUCAUGGCAUCGACCAAUAAUCAAGUAAGAGUUCUGGAGAUCUGUCAAGUCACCCCAUCCUCGGACUCUCCUUAUUCAGCCACCGAGUUAUCUCUUCCGCUCACUUUCUUCGACACUUUCUGGUUCAAAUUCCACCCAGUUGAGCGCAUUUUCUUCUAUGAACUCGCCGAUUCAACCCCUGCUUUUUUCCAUUCCGUCAUCCUCCCCAAACUCAAGGACUCUCUCUCUCUUACUCUCCUCCACUUCCUCCCUCUCGCCGGAAAACUUAACUGGCCGCCACAUGUUGACAAACCCUUCAUCCUCUAUGCCCCAAAUAACGCCCUUUCACUCUCAGUUGCAGAGUCUGAUGCUGAUUUUCACCAUCUUUCAGAUAGGACGAUUCGUGAUGCAGUUGAGUCGCACCCUUAUAUACCAGAGUUGCCGGUAUCUGACUUCACUGCAGAUAUCAUAUCAUUUCAAAUAACAUUGUUUCCUAAUCAGGGGUUUUGCAUUGGCAUCUCUUCCCACCAUGCCAUCCUUGAUGGCAAAAGCGUAACCAUGUUCAUUAGAGCUUGGGCCUACAUUUGCAAACAGAGUCAAAAGGACAAGAACCCAAGUUUGUCCUCGGAGCUAACUCCCUUUUUUGAUCGGACAAUUAUUCAGGACCCAGAAGGGCUUGACAUUGUGUUCUUGAACAAUUGGUUAAGCAUUUUUAAGUAUUUAAGUCCUGAUGCCGACCCCAGAACCUUGAAGCUCCUGCCGUCUUAUGGCUCACCAGCCAACCCAGUGAGAGGAACCUACGAGUUGUCUCGUGAAGAUCUACAGAAACUCAGGCAAAAGGUGCUUUUUCAAUUGGAAAUUGAGGUUCCUAAAGAAAAUCCAGAUCAGACAAACCCAAUGCAUUUAUCAACUUUUGUGCUUACUUUUGCAUAUACAGUGGUUACCAUAGUUAAAGCUAGGGGAUUAGAAAGAAAUAGAAAGGUGAUGAUUGGAUUUACGGCAGACUGUAGAGCUCGUUUAGAGCCUCCACUACCUGCAAAUUAUUUUGGCAAUUGUGUUGGCGCCUAUACUGAUGUUACAGAAGCAGAAGUUCUCAUGGAAGAAAAUGGGCUUGCCUUUGUCGCACAGAGCUUUAGCAAGUUGAUAAAAGGGUUAGGGAAAGGACCUUAUAAAGGGGCAAAAGAUAGUCUUGAAAGGUUUUUGGAGAUGGAUCCAGGAACAAUGGAAAUUUUUGGGGUUGCUGGUUCACCCCGAUUCCAGGUUUAUGAAUCGGAUUUUGGGUGGGGGAGGCCAAAGAAGGUGGAAAUUACAUCCAUUGAUAGAACUAAUGGAUCCAUUUCCAUGGCGGAGAGCAAAGAUGGAAGUGGCGGAGUCGAGAUUGGUAUCGUUUUGAAGAAAAAUGAAAUGGAGAUAUUUGAUUCUCUAUUUCUUAAAGGCCUUAAAGAUCUUUAAGCUGCCUAUUCAGUAUUAGUAUUUUUAGUUGGAUCUUUCAUAAUAAUUUAUUAUCGUUGUUUAGUUUUAAAUGCUAUUGUUCAUGAUA